AGGCCCGAGAGCGCCAUGAGCACGCCCACCGUCGUCCCCAGCGCCACGGGCCCGGGCCCGGGUCCGAGCGGCGGCGGUGGCCCGGGCGGCGGCGGCGGCGUGCCCGGGGGCGGCAGCGGCGGCGGCACCGAGGUCAUCCAGGUGACGAACGUGUCCCCGAGCGCUAGCUCGGAGCAGAUGCGGACCCUCUUCGGCUUCCUGGGCAAGAUAGACGAGCUGCGCCUCUUCCCGCCCGAUGACUCGCCUUUGCCAGUCUCCUCACGUGUCUGUUUUGUAAAGUUCCAUGAUCCAGACUCAGCAGUUGUGGCACAGCAUCUGACAAACACUGUAUUCGUUGACAGAGCUUUGAUAGUCGUACCCUAUGCAGAAGGAGUUAUUCCUGAUGAGACUAAGGCUUUGUCUCUGUUGGCACCAGCUAAUGCAGUGGCAGGUCUUCUGCCUGGUGGUGGACUUCUGCCUACUCCAAACCCCCUUACCCAGAUUGGUGCUGUUCCUCUGGCGGCUUUGGGGGCCCCUGCUCUGGACCCCGCCCUUGCUGCUCUCGGGCUUCCUGGGGCAAACUUGAACUCUCAGUCUCUUGCUGCAGAUCAGUUACUGAAGCUAAUGAGUACCGUGGAUCCCAAAUUGAACCAUGUAGCUGCAGGCCUUGUCUCCCCAAGUCUGAAAUCUGACACCUCGAGUAAAGAAAUUGAGGAGGCCAUGAAAAGAGUGAGAGAAGCGCAGUCUCUGAUCUCUGCCGCCAUCGAGCCAGAUAAGAAAGAAGAAAAACGAAGACACUCGAGAUCCAGGUCACGUUCCAGGAGGAGGAGAACUCCUUCAUCUUCCAGGCAUAGACGGUCAAGAAGCAGAUCCAGAAGGAGAUCACAUUCUAAGUCAAGAAGUAGACGACGAUCCAAAAGUCCACGACGGAGGAGAUCUCAUUCUAGAGAGCGAGGCCGAAGAUCCAGGAGCACGUCAAAGACCAGAGACAAAAAGAAAGAAGAAAAAGAAAAAAAGCGUUCAAAAACACCCCCCAAGAGCUACAGCACGGCACGGCGGUCACGGAGCACGAGCCGGGAGAGGCGGCGUCGGAGGAGCCGAAGCGGGACGCGGUCCCCCAAGAAGCCUCGCUCUCCCAAGAGGAAGCUUUCGCGGUCGCCCUCACCCCGGAGACAUAAAAAGGAAAAGAAAAAAGACAAGGACAAAGAGCGGCGCGAUGAGCGCGAGCGCUCCACCAGCAAGAAGAAGAAGAGCAAAGACAAGGAGAAGGAACGGGAGAGGAAAUCUGAGAGUGACAAGGAUGUCAAACAGGUGACAAGAGAUUACGAUGAGGAGGAGCAGGGCUACGACAGUGAGAAGGACAAGAAGGAGGAGAAGAAGGCUCCCGAGGGGGGCUCCCCCAAGCCCAAGGAAUCCUCGGUGGAGAAGGGCAGCGGGGACUCCCUACGUGAGUCCAAAGUGAACGGCGACGACCACCACGAGGAGGACAUGGACAUGAGUGACUGAGGCCCGGCCCGGCCGUGCACAUGCCUCCGUGUCAUUCCCCGCCUGGUCUCUGUCUGCCCCGUGUGUUACCCCAAACCUAGAUGUGUCGAGCUCUGAGCUCCCAGUGGUCGUCCAGCUCCCGAUCCUCUGGGUCACCCCUCCUGGGGAUGGCGUCGGCCCCCUGUGCUGGGGGGCUGCGGGGGGCCACGAGAGUGACCGGCUGCAUGCAUCUCCAGCAGGCAUGGAUUGUGGAUGUUGUAUGAUCUCUCCUCCCUUAUUAAAUAAGCUCACGUAGACGAUUUCUAGAGUUUGAUUCCUUACAGUACUAGAGCCGUAUAGGGAAUGCACUGAUUGCAUGUUAAUUGUGGCAGGAAUAUCCUCAAUGUCUCUUCGAGUCUACAUCAUAACAUGAGAAUGGAGUCUGCUUAGGGCCUUCGGUGGGUCAGUGUGAUCAAAUUAACAUUUCAUCCGUAACAUCGAGAAUCUCCUUGGAGCCUCGGGGCUGAUUUUUUUUCUGUGCGUUUUGGUUUGGCUUUCAAAGGUUAAAGAUGCACUAGACCUUUUUUUUUUUUUUUUUUUUUUUUUUUUUAAAUUAGGGUUUUUUAAGUUUCUUCCUUCCCCCUUCUGUCACCCACCCUACCAACCCCCACCAAAAAAAAAAAAAUCUGGUAGCAAAUAGCAUAUUUUGAAAUGGAGUUCUGCAAUUUUCCCUAAUCUCGAUUCCAUUGGAAGUUGAGAUUUCUUGUAUUAAUUUAUCAGUGCCCAUCUUUAAAACUUACCUUGUACUGAUCUUCCUUCAUACCGUUGUACAGUUUUUUGCUUUGUUUUUCUUUUGGUUCUUAACUGUUUAGAACUCAUUGUUGGGGGGAGGGAAGGUAGUGCAUUUUUAAUUGACAUUUGUAUGCUUUUAAAACAAGUCUCCUUGAUAAUGUCCUUUUUAUUUGAUCUCAAGUUGUAUAAACUAAUUUGUGUUAACUGUCCCUGCAGUAGUAACCCCACACAUCCAGUGACUCCAGGUUAUAUGCAUAGUUAGGCAAGCUGUUUUCUUAGUUACCCCGUUCCAGAGCUUUUACUUUUGUGCAGGUAAAAAACAGAAGUAGGCGACAUACAGUCCGUGCCAUGUUGAUGUACAGUUUCUGAAAUUGUUUUACAAGACUUUGAUAAUAAAACCCUGAAACUUAAGCUCAA